AUGCCAAAUGUGAGUUUUCUUGAUGUGCAAUACUUCCUCUCAAAGACGAAAUUCUUGCAGAAACCCUCGAGAACGUUUUCAAUAGAGAGACAAAACUCCGGUUUAUUGCCAACAUCAGAAGAGCUGAGGCAAGUAUUCGACAUAUUUGAUGCCAACAAAGAUGGCAAGAUUUCACCGGAGGAAUACAAGGCAAUAUUAAAAGCCAUUGGUAACGGAAAAUUCGUUAUGAAAGAAGUGCAGAAGAUAUUCGAGGUCGUAGAUUUGGAUGGCGAUGGAUUCAUAGAUUUUAAAGAGUUCGAGGAAGCGCAGAAGAAGGGAGGCGGAGUGAAGAAGAUGGAUUUGCAGAACGCAUUUCGUGCAUUUGACAAGGACGGGGAUGGGAAAAUAACGGUCGAGGAACUUUACGAGUUAUUGCGUAAGCUCGGGGAAACGUGUAGCUUAAAAGAUUGCUGGAGGAUGGUGAGAGCUGUGGACACUAAUGGAGAUGGUGUCAUUGAUUCGGAUGAGUUCAUGACCAUGAUGACCCGUAAAAUGAGUAUUCAUUAA